UACCCCAGAAAAAAUUGAAUUCAGUCGUUCGUGUAUUUUAUCGUUCAAGUUUUAAAAAAUAAUCAUUGAUCGAAAAUGAAGUUACAGUAUUUUCUAUUGUUCUUUUUUCUACAAUUAUAUCACGCAAGACAUGUUUCUUCUCCUGGGAGUGGUCUACGGAUACCAUUGACAAGGACGCCGUUAACAUUGAAAAAGAUGGCUUUACCUGCAACCAAGAUUGAAUCAAUGUACGAGUACAAUAUGAAAAGUUCCAAUGAAUCGGUUAUUCAUCUUCGAUACUAUCCAAUCAGCGAGUAUUACGGCCCUGUUUCAAUUGGAACGCCACCUCGAGAGUUUCAAAUGAUUUUUGAUACAGGAUCCUCCCAGCUAUGGGUACUCUCAAAAAGCUGCAAUGAUUCGAGAUGUAAAAAAAAUAGCAGUCUUGAUUUAUAUGACCACGAGAACUCAAAAACGUACAAACUGCCAACAAAGACUAGUUGUCUAAAAGAAAUAACAUAUGGAACGGGAGAAGUAGCUGGAUUUUGUUCAAAUGAUACAAUAACAUUGGACGGAGUUGAACUCAACAACACCGAAUUUCUAGAAGUUGUCAAUAUCACAGACCGAUUUCCCAAAGGUCCAUACGAAGGUCUUGUCGGAUUAAGUUAUAAUAACUCCAAACUAUCCGAUAACAUCAUCACACAACUUUGCCGGAAGGUUAAUAGAGAGAAUAAAUUUUCAUUCUAUUUUACUAGGAAUAUUUCGGAUACCGAUGGUGGUGAAUUAACGUUAUGUGGUGUAGACGAAUCGAAGUUUCGGGGCCCGUUGAAUUACGUGAAUGAAACUGAGCAGUUGCCGUUCGGUACAUGGUUCAUUCCAAUUCAAAACGCUUCAUUACAAUUUGGUCGGGAUCGUAUCAUGGAUGUGGGUUCAGAGGCGUUUGCCUUGGUUGACACUGGCACUUCUCACAUUCUUGCACCGGCAGCAAGUAUUCGAGCAAUAUAUAACGUCACAAAGGCUAACCUGACAACUAGUAAAGUCGAUUGCGAAGAUAUCCCCAAGUUUCCCAAUUUCACAUUAGCAAUCGGUGGGAAAAAAUACACACUUAAAGGAGAAGACUACACUUUCAAAUUUGAAAACAAUUCCGUGAUAGAAUGCGCGAUUGGUUUCGCUUCAGCGGGGUUUUUCAACAAUUUAUGGGUUUUAGGAGACGUUUUCUUCAGGAAGUAUUACACCGUUUUUGACAUAGAAAAUCACAGAGUUGGAUUUGCCGAAAGCAUUCAUGCGCCCAUCAACACUAAUUGAACAUCACACGACUCAAAAGAGUACAUAUUAUAAAAAUUCAUACAUGCUUUACUUUUUACAUUAUUAAUCGUGCUACCUACAUUUUAAGAAUUCUUAUUCAAUAAUUAUUCAUCUUUAUUCUGUAAGUUUCUUUUUGUCAAAUAAAUUGCAUACUCUCUUUA